AUGAACUACUACUCACGAACAUCAGCAGCUAAUAUACCCGAACUGGACGCGUUUUACGAGGAGCUGGAGGAAGUGAUCGGCAACGAGAAGUCCUUCCACAAAUUCGUUGUCGGAGACUUCAACGCAAAACUAGGGAACACUACGGAAGAGGAAUACGGAAUCGGAAGAUUUGGACUAGGGGACCGGAAUGAAAAUGGCAAUCGUCUCGUCGGACUGCUGAAGAAGAAGAUUCUGGAAGCAGCACAAAGAAGAACGAGUCUAAAGAAGUGCCGCAGGGAUAUCCGUAAAUGGAAUAUUCCGCUAGCAGCCUUGCUGAACGAAGACGGGACUCGUGAGAUGGAAAUCAUUACAGAGAGGGAAGCUACGGACCAACUGACGGACCAAGAUCUUCGUGCCCAUCUGUUCGACUCGACAGUCCUUCCAGCACUCUGUUACGCAGCGGAGACGUGGGCAGACACCUCUGCCAUGUCUAGGAAGCUACUUACUACCCACAGAGCCCUUGCGAGAUGUCUUCUGAAAGUUAACCGGCGCACACAACAUCUAGCCGGUCUUCACAGCUCCGACUUAAGAGGAAUGUCCCGUCUUCGCGACCCAGCGGAAUAUGUAUCGAAAGCAAAAUAUAAAUGGGCCGGUUACAUUACGAGAAGAAUCGACGAUAGAUGGACUAAAAGAACGCUAGAGUAG